CUUUCACACCACAGCCACCCCCAACGCCCCUUCUUCACGAAUACCGUACGACUUCCCUUACUUCCCCUUCCUUCAUUGAGCUUCAGUUCAUCUCUUACACGUGUUUUGAUACCCCCCAGUCCGCCGCCAUGUCCGAGUUCAUCGGUUCUCGCAUAUCGCUCAUCUCCAAGAGCGAUAUCCGCUAUGUCGGUACACUCGUUGAGAUCAACUCAGAAGCCUCCACAGUCUCGUUAGACAAUGUGCGCUCGUUCGGUACCGAGGGCCGCAAGGGCGGCAAGGACGAGUACCCACCCUCAGAUGUCAUCUACGAACAGAUCGUUUUCAGAGGAAGCGAUGUGAAGGAUCUGCGCAUCGAGGAACAGGUCAAAGAGAAGGCCCCUCCUGCUAUGCCCCAGGACCCAGCCAUCAUCGGAGUACAGCAAGGCCAGUCACGCCAGGACGCCCCACAAGACCAACCACGCCAGCAACAAGGGCCGCCGAACUUCCCACAGCAAGGACAGUUCCCGCCCGGCGGCUAUCCUCCCUUCGGCCCUGGUGGCCCAGGUCCAUAUGGAAGAGGUUUCCCUCCUCAGGGUGGCUUCCCUGGCGGUCCAGGACCGUUCCCUGGAGGCCCUGGUGGUUUCGGCAUGCCGCCUUACGGACCACCACCUCCAGGCUGGUUCCCACCCGGACAGGGCUUUAACGGCCCUCCUGGUCCUUUCCCUCCCAACAUGCCCAUGGGUCCUCCUGGCUUCCAGAACCAGAACCAGAACCAGAACCAGAACCAGAACCAGAACCAGAACCAGAACCAGCCACCGGCCGGGCCUCGCGGCGCUGCACCAGCUGGGACUUCUGCGAAGGAGGAACAGUCACCGGCGCAACCUAACGUCGCUGAGGCUGAUGGUUCCGCCAAAGCCGCAGAGCCUAAGGUAGACGCAAAGCAGGCUGGAAAAGCUCCUGCUCUUGCAGCUGCCGCUAAGCAGGCUCCACCGCCGCCCGUUGAGUCGAAGCCUGACGUCGCAGCCGCUCUGGCACCGCCGCACACCAAGCCCGCACAGCAGGGUGGUGCGCAAAAGACGCCAGGUGGACCUAAGGGUGGCCGUAUCAUCCCAGCGGUACCUAUCGCAAGCCCGAACGUGAACAAGUCAAUGCCUCGAGCACAGCAGCAGGCUCCCGCACCUGCAAAGCAGCCUCAGCAGGUCACUGGCCAGCAGAACAGCGCGACUCAGUUGGCCACAGCUGCCGUCGCCGAGGCUAUGGCUAAGCUCAACUUGCAGAACCGUGGUCAAGCUCAGGCACCAGCCUCUGAUCCCACGAACAAUCUCGCAAAGAAAGUAGAAGGUAUGCGUGAGCGUGAGCAGCACGCUCGCCAGCCGCGAAACCCCGGGGCUGGUGCCGGCUUUGGCGGCCGAGGCGGCCGAGGUGGUCGAGGUGGUCGAGGAGGCGCUUAUCACCACCACCAGCCUCAACAGCAGCAGCCAAAGAUGGAGGUGCCGACCGCAGACUACGACUUUGAUGCCGCGAACGCCAAGUUCAACAAGCAGGAUAUGGUUAAGGAAGCUAUUGCCUCGGGAUCACCGCUCGGCGAAGGCGUACCAUCAACCAUCGAGGCAACCGCGAACGGACAGAACGGUGCUGCCGAGACUUCAGACGAUGUUGUUAUUCCUGUUGCGUCUUACAACAAGAGCUCCAGUUUCUUUGACAACAUCUCCUCAGAGCUGAAAGACCGCGAAGAGGCUGCCAGCCGCCGGGGUCAGGAGUUCCGCGCGGCUGAGCGAAACAAGAACAUGGAGACCUUUGGUCAAGGAAGCGUUGACGGCUACCGUGGCGGCUACCGAGGCCGUGGCAGGGGUCGUGGUCGCGGACGUGGAGGCUUUGGCUUCCGCGGCGGUCGCGGUGCGCCCCGUGGUGGUGCUGGGUUCGACCAGCCUGCCGCACAGUAAACUGGUGCGGCGAUUUGAUCGACUCACCCCAUUCCAUAGGAUAUGCACUUCACGCGUAUGGGUUGGAUCUUCUGCUAUGAGGUUGGCUUUGACCAACUAUUUCCUAGUCAUCUUGCUAUCUUCCGUCUACUUGAGCGACUUGUACAAGUACUUUCACACAGUCACUGCCCUAUGGGCUUGGUCUUUGGAGUUUCUUGGAUCGGUGCAUGAGCUCGAGGCCAUGCAAGCGGAUACAGAUGAAUAUCAUGACACUGUCAUGAGAAAGAUGAACAACAUCAAAUAAUCAAGAACGAGACCGGAUCUUCC